AGGUUCGAUGCAAGAUCAUCAUUAGCCUGAGCCUUUAGCGAGCCAAGGAGCCUUGUCAUCCAGGAAAUACCAACGCUUCGCCAUGCCAGAAUCGAACGGUGCGGCAGCAGUAGCGCCGGCCGGCGGACAGGGUGCCAAUGCAGGUCCAAGGGGAGGCGCCGGCGGUGACUGGAAAUGGACUAUUCUCCGGUCCUUAGGCAUGUACUUUGCCGUCCAGGCGCUGCUGGGAAAGGACGGGCUGGUUACCAAGUAUCGCAACAAGGACAAGUUCUUUCUCUCUGCAUCAGAAGUAGCACCACUGGGGUCACAGCCAGAGGGCGUGUCGUUGACGCAACCCACCGGGCAGGCGCAACCUGCUGCGAAGGCAGGUGUUAAUGUGGUCCAGGCAUGGCCCGCGUCCAUGCCCCUUGACUUUUAUGUCUUCCUAACAAGCGGACCUCCUGCAAGUAGCGUUGAUAUUUCCUCGCAGUACUCCAGCCUGGUCGCCCAUGGAGGGGGAGCUGAUGCGAGCCCAAACCUGAUCGACUUCAACGCACAUGCAUACGCAAAUUCGGUUCUAAACGAGAACAUCCGAGGAGAUGUUCAGCCGGUAGUCUCUCCGCAAAGUGGAAGGACGCUCUCUGCAGUCAAGUGGACAAAUAUCAAAUGGAGUGACAGCUCUCUGAAGCGAAAGGUCGAGGUCGACAUCGACGUCUACCCAGAGGUUCGCACCGAGAACCACACGAUCUGGGCGGACGUCUUUCUGACCAAGUCGGGUGUCAGCCCCGACCCCACCAGCGCUUCUUACCGACAAGAAUACGUCUUUCAUUCGCGCAAACUGCUUUCAAGACUAUACCUUCCGAAAAAAAAAACUAUUGAAAAGAAGCUCUUCGCUUCCAACGAACGAAGCAAGGAAGAGCAGGAAACUGAGGAGGCAGCUUUGGCUGAGACGGAACAGAUACAGAAACACCUCGUCACCUGGUGGCACCCGAAUCUCACACUGGCCCUCGUACCUCAGCAGCAGGAUACCCUGCUCCCUUUAAAGAAUUUGGCUGCACCUUUGGGCCAGUGGAUCCACCCAAUACCCGAUUUCCCUGCGAACUCUCCCAACUUGAUUUACACGUACCCUGCCCUUUUCCCCAAUGACUUUUGGCAUCUGCGCGAACACAUGUAUCAGUUCAACGCUUCGACAAAGUCAGUGCCUCUAUCAAUCGAGCUCUACGCAACAUCCUGGUUGAAGUUCCAGAUGCUUGCCGCGUUCUCCGACUCUUUCGAGAAACAAGGCGCAUCCGGCAUGGCAGGCUCGGAAAUCGACAUGAUCAAGACGACGCUGUUGGAGACCAACCCAUGGUUCCUCGCGCUCACCGUCAUCGUCUCGAUCUUUCACAGCUUGUUUGAGUUCCUCGCCUUCUCAAGCGAAGUCAGCCACUGGCGCAACAAAAAAAAUUUGGCCGGCGUCUCCGUGGGUUCGAUUCUCACCAAUGUUGUUGUGCAGCUCAUUAUUUUACUGUACUUGCUUGACAGCCGUGAAGAUACCAGCUGGACCAUCCUCAUGGGCCAGGGUGUCGGCAUGGCUGUUGAAGCGUGGAAGCUCACCAAAGCGAUCACGGUUAGCAUUAUUCGUACGCCAGAGGACGAGAAGACACUGUGGCGAUACUCGCCAGUCAAGCUCGAUAUCAAAGACAAGCACGUCCUGUCAGAAGAGGAGAAGGCGACGCAAGUGUACGAUAAGCUUGCUUUCAAAUAUGUCGGCAUCGCCAUGACCCCGAUCCUCAUCGGCUGGACAAUCUACUCGGCCCUUUAUCAAACGCACAAGGGCUACUGGUCAUUCUUCAUAGGUACUUUGACUUCAUUUGUUUACGCUUUCUCUUUCUCGUCCAUGAUCCCACAACUGAUUGUCAAUCACAAGCUACGUAGCACCGCUGGCAUGAACACAAAGACUUUUGUCUUCAAGUUCCUUACCACCAUUGUGGACGACCUCUUCGCCUUCUGCAUCAAGAUGCCUACGCUUCAUCGCCUCGCCUGCUUCCGCGAUGAUGCCGUCUUCGUCAUCUUCCUGUAUCAGCGUUGGAAGUUUGGCGUCGACCCAACGCGUGUUAAUGAGUUUGGGCAGGUGCUGGACCCCAAGGCAAAGGCGACGGCAACGAAUGAGAAGGCAGGAGAGGGAGAAACAGCUGCAGUUACCCUGGCUGAGUCGAAAAAGACAAAGUAGAAUUGUAUGUAUGCAUAGAUGCCAUCAAAGCAGCCUUUCA